AUGAGAGAUGACAUCAGUAUAGCGUUUACCAAGUCCAACUACUAUCCACCAUAUGGCGAUCAAGAAAUUCCCGGGAGCCGACCUGCCGAUCUACGCUCGUUCUUCGGACGGAAACUCGGUCGGCGUUACGCCCCGGCUCCGCUCAACUCCGGAUGCUUGAACAACGCCCUGAUCGCUACGGGUGCUCUGACGCCCUUACACCCGAUCCCGGCCGUGCCGGAGGUCCUUCGGAAGCCUCAAAGGGCCUUCUCGCCCGAACUCCACGACCCCCCCCGACAACCGAAAGAGGACUCCAUACACAUCGAAACUCAGGGCAUCGCCGCCAAAUUAACCGGCGAGCGACCUUGUCUUCUGGGGGUUCCAAACUUCAUCUUCAACACCCGAAAUGGCGGCCGACGGCAUUUCACCUCUCCCACGCAUUUAUCUUUUCAACCCCCCGAGGAAGGUCGCGAUACGCUCAAAAAUCAAGGUGGUCGACUCCGAAACAAACAAUCUGUGCAGUCGCCCGUUGGGAUUCUUGGGAGUCGUCUUCACCCGCUUUCCAUGCGCUUUCGAACGCGAAAAGGUCGAGGGGUGUAUAACUUUGAUACCAAUUCCCCAACUCGUCCGGCAUGUGAGGCCCUUGCAGAUCGUGAACGAGAGCGUGCACAGGCAGAAGCAGGCCGUGCUUUAGUUCCCAAGCCUUUGGAUCAUUCCUUGAUUGAGCUUGGGCUUUGGAGUCUGAUCUACCCAACGGGUCUUACGCCCUCCUAUACGUCGAUUCCGCAGGAUAGCGAUAGUGGCGCGAGUAGAGAAAGGGUGAAUUCUACAAUGCCUUUCUAUGCAGACUCAGCACCCGCCCCACUCAAUAAACAAGGCGCUGAUGACGUGCGAGAGAAGAUCGUAGAAGGGAAUUCCACCGACUCUAGAUGUGUGCAUCCGGAGAACAUCAUCGCGAUAUUUCCUGCAGCCCACAAACGCGGCGAUGAAGACUCGGCAGCAGCGGCCUUUCAUGAAGCACGGCGGACUAUUGAAAAAGCCCGCCUGACGCAAAAAACAAAACUGGCAGCGCGCCUGCUCGACGAGGAUGUCAAGCUUGUUCGAAGCUUGCCUCUUUGA